UGCUCCCCAGGUGGCGCAUGAGUUAUGCGAGUUACGCCCGAAAUGACGCUCUCCGCACCAACGACGUCCGCUAUAAGCCCUCCUUUUACGCCCUCUUUCGCCACAAUCUACUUUCCACGACCUCUCAGGAGUCAUCCGACUACUCAUACUUGAUUUUACACUGUAACGGUCGACAACGAUGAGCUCUGGAAGCCACGCACACACACGCGCCAAUGAGCCCACACAGAAGCCCCCUUCUCCAAUGCUGAGGGCCUCGCGCGGUACGGGAAGCCCGAAAGCACUCUGGGGCGGCAUUGCAGCCGUCACUGCAGGCCUCGCAGGCUUCUGGUACUACCAGAAGUCCAUACAGGUUAGCAAAGAAGAGGACGUACGGCCAGGCGCAAUCCCUACAUGGGAAUACCGUCUGCAACAGCAACAGGACCCGGUAACACACCCGAAUGAUCCCCUCGCGCAGCGCGUGUCCGGCGCGGAGCAUGUAUCCCGACCGAAAGACGUGCCCUUGCCUGGUUCAGACUCUAGUCAGGGCAAAGGAGGAAGCGCGGUGUUGACGGCGGCGCAUGGGAAGGGUUCGGAGCAAUCGCAAGGCUCGUCGGGCCACGUCGACCAGCCGCCGCAAAUGGGUAGGACCAACGACCAGGGCGACGCCGCAUACUCGAAGAACUCAGAGUACACCGAUAGCAAUAACAAAACGAAGUAAAGCGUCGCCGAACGGUCAUUUGUGGCCUCCGUGCGUAUAACUUCCAUCGCACGGUGGCUCGAUGGUUUUUGGCCCCUGCAAGGUGUAAGAGUACAAUACACAGCACUGUAAUGGACCUUCAUGAAGCAAUGUAAAGUAGUGUAUUAAUCAUGAUGUGCGUACUGUAAUAGCAACGCACCGUAACAGU